CUUCGUCCCCGCACCUGCCUUCCUCUCGUAUAAUCUGCAUCAGAGACCUGCUCUCUCCGGUUUUUUUGGUAGAAUUUUGGAGAGCAGGGGUGGUAUAUUGCUGGUUCUGCAAUUGUGUUUUAGAGAACUGAUUAGAGAUAAUUGUCAUUCGUUCGCUUUAUUCAUCGUGUUAAGAUGUCGAGACUACUCAAGCCUGCGAGGGUAUUGCUACUAGGACCGCCCGGCUGCGGCAAAGGUACGCAGACCUCUCGUCUGCUCAAACGGUUUGGCAUUUCUGGAAUGUCGUCCGGAGAUCUCCUACGGCAGCAUAUCAAAGACAAGACCGAGAUAGGAAGCCUCGCCUCGUCAAUCAUCAAGCAAGGAAAACUCCUCCCGGACGAUGUAAUGGUCAAGAUCAUCGAAUCCGAGCUCCGUUCCCGCUCUUGGCUCUCUCCCUCUCAAUCCUGGCUUCUCGACGGGUUCCCCCGCACAGAACCCCAGGCAUCCCUACUAGACUCCCAAAUCCUCUCGCCUGCGUCCGCGAACCUCAACUUUAUAGUUGAGCUGCAGGUCCCGCAUGAGAUUAUCCUCGACCGGAUCGCGAAUCGACUCGUGCACGUACCCUCGGGAAGGGUCUACAAUCUGACGUAUAACCCGCCUAAAGUGGAGGGCAAGGACGACGUGACUGGCGAGCCACUUUCGCGACGACCAGAUGAUGAUCCGGAAAUCUUCAGGCAAAGACUAGUCGAGUUUGACAAGCUCACAAAACCACUGGUGACAUACUACGAAAACGCAAACAAAGACGCCGUGUUUGAGGUCGCAGGCGAAACCUCAGAUAUCAUCUUUCCGCAACUGGAAAGUGAGAUGAUCAAGCGGUUUGGCGAGAAGGCAGAGUAGAAUACAUAGAUUAGAAAGGUAUUACAUGUAGCAGCUGGCUUG